AUGUGAUUGAAUCUAUCUACAGCUGUCUUUUUCCUUCUAAUAUGGAGAGAUAAAGAUAAAGUCUGAAUUAGAGCCAGUUUCAUAUCCAUUAUCAUACAAAAAAGAAUCGCGUUUAGCACAGAAAGCAAUCGAAAGUGAUGUUGCUGAUUGGUUCUUACAUUUAGAGCCAGAAAUUAGUUUCGUGGAUGUAAAAGAAGUAUUUCAUAUAUUUAUUUCGUGUAUAAAAGGACAUUGAAGAUAUAUUAUUCUUCUACCUCCCUCUCAUAUUUACAUCUCUCUCCCUUUAGUCUCCUUGUUUAGCCAUAUUUCGGUGUAUGGUGUCGCACGGCGUUCACCAUAGAAACGAGUCGAGAUUUUUUUCAUCGCACCGAUAGGCGGCCACCGAGUCGAAUGUCGAUCAUAAAAGUUGGCGCCGAAUCACGGAUGGCGGGGAGCGUUGCGCGUUGCGUCUCGCGGUCGCGGGAUCGAUAAAAUAGAAUGGACGGGCCGAACGAGAGACAGAGAGAUCGAGUGCGAAAAAGAGAGACGUAGCGAGCUGGUUUACCGCUCGACGCGCGGUACGGGGUGGAGACGCGGUGACGAGAGGGGGAGGCGGGAGGGGGGAUGGCGCGCGCGCGAGGGUGGGCGGAGUGGGCGACGCGGCGUGGCGGUGGCAGGCCGCGGUGAGCAUAAAGAGGAUAGGAUAAUAUCGGUGCGCGUCCUCCUGCGGAGGUGCCCUUUCGCAGGGCCCGUCACGGAUUCGUGCCGUCUCUCUCUAUCCUCUCUCUUUCCCUCUAUAUUCUCUAGUAGCCGAUCUGAUUGCGGCCGAAUCUGUACGAUGUAGUUAUGCCGAAGAAGGGCACGCGGCAUGUGAGGGAGCCGGGGAACACGAGAAGCGUCCAGCAGCCGCACGGAAGCUGCGUCGCGCUGCCCGGCGCGACGACAAUCAUUCCGGAAGUGGCCGAGCACUUUCGCAACGUACAUAUCGGCGCGACUAACGGCAAGCGUUGGCUAUCGCUGAAGAGACGUCUAGGAUUGACGACGGACGAGGAUGUCGCGGUGUACUUGCUGGAUCUCGCCGACUCGGUCGCUACCUCCAGGAAAGAUGAUAAGUGCAAUGGUGCAGAGGAUUGGAAGGCAAGUCAGGUCAGGGAUGACGAUGAGGAAGCUCUCAAGAUUGAAGCAACAGAGGAAGAGGAAAAGGAGGAGCCAGUUCGUAGAAGUUCACGGAGGCAAGAUCCCGUGUCGAAUAUUGUCGAGACACAUUCUACCAGUACGAUAAGUGAAAGCGUAUCGUCGAAAGUGCUAAAUGACGCGAUCAAGUUACACGUGCGACGUAGUUCGAGAUCGAAACAUCAUAAGAACAAGACAAAACAUCACAAGGACAAACGAAAGAAGCGGCGACAUACGAAGAACGGCACCGAGAACAGCGGCUCCGUCGGACUGAAUGGAUCCGAAAACACCAACGAGAAUACGUUGGACGUGCAGAACUGUACUUCAUUAGAAAACAAAGACUUGGACAAUUGCGAGACGACGGUAGUCAAUGAGUUAGACACUAAAUUAAAACUAGACGUAAGCUUCGGAAUCAAUACAAAGGACGUUGAAUCCGUUACGACGAAGACUGAGCACAUAGAUAGUGUAAGAUUUAUAAAUGAUGUAAAUAAUACGACGAAUAACAAUGCCGGAUGCGACGCGAGAGCUAUUGAUACAUCCAGCGAAUCGGCGAGGGAUACCUUAGAGGAUGAUAGAAUUACGAAACUAAAUUUUAACGAUGCGGCGGCGUCAUUGUCCCUUCCGAAACACGAGUGUAAAGCCGAGGAUUUAAACGAGAACGUAGAAUAUUUAUUAAAUCCGGUAUCUAACAUCAACGAUAGGCACGUAGAGGCACAAGCUGCGGACGCACUUGAAAAGAUCUCGAAAUCUCAAACUACAACGAGCUCGACACACGCGGAAUCGCAGGGAUAUGAAGAAACAACUUUCUAUGAUGCGUCCCAGAAGGAUGACGAAUCAAAAGACGCGGAAGAUCGCAAGCAGAAGAGGAAACGAAAACGACUGCGUCACGAUGAACAAGCCGGAAAGAAUUCCGCGAAAGAUACUUCCGAAAAUAACGUUUCGGACGAGACGGCGGCGUUCAAGCAUCGGCGAAAGAAGCACAAACACACAAACGAGCACAAAACCAAGAAACAUCAUGACGUACGGAAGGCGCCGCAAGACGGUAUCGUUCAGGAAGAGACGCAAGAUGCGUGUACGCCUGAAAUCGAGGCACCGUCAUCGACAGUAGGAUCCGGAAAAAUCACUGACAACAUCGACGGCGUAAUAUCGGAGCCACAGAGACUCGCGAUCAAAAUUAAGCUCUGCCAGGAAUGCGAAGUCCCACACUUGCAGGAUGUGUGCCCUUUUACGGAACCUUUACACACGAUAAUCGACGCGAUCUCGUACGAGGAGUGGCUGAGCAAGCACAAGGAGAACGCAGAGGUAACGAAAGCCGUCAAGUCGAAAGAUCCGAUGUCGGAGGGUUACGGCCGAUUGGCGGAUGACGGUUUCGAAUCAGACGACGAGCCGUUGGCAUCCAGUGAACAAUGUAAAACCAAAUCAAAAGUCAGAGAAGAGAAACAGUUGCUGGUGGACGCCGAUCGACCGUUGUACGCGAGGGACUCUCUGCCAGAUUGUCUCGAGCUAAAGAUUGCGAACACCGAUCACGGUCUCAGUAUCUACGCAAAGAACCCGAUCCCGAUACGCGCCAAAUUAGGUCCGCUCGUCGGCACGUCAGUUAAAGAAAUGGAUAUCCCAGAUGAUUUCUCGAUGCGUCAUAUUUGGGAGAUAGAUAAUAAUGGGAAAAGUGUAUAUAUCAGUACUACAGAUCCAUUAAAAAGUAAUUGGAUUCGAUAUCUCAGACCGGCUGAGACGAAGGACAAGAGGAACGUCGCAAUGCUUACGACAAAACAAGGCGAGUUGCAUUUUGUUACGACCCAGAAUAUUAUAUCGGGGAUGGAGCUCACUUAUUGGGCAGACUCACAGUCUUCCACUUGGACGAGAAAGAAUAAAAUAGACAAAACAAAUUGCGGAGGCUGCAACCUUAAUUUCGCACACCCGAUAUAUUAUCGAUUGCAUUGUUGUAUCUUUCACGACACAAAUUAUAGUUUAACCAUAAGAAAAUAUCAUUGCAAGGUUUGCGGCGCCGCAGUUCUCGGCAAGGAUAAUAUCAUGAAACAUGCGGCAGAAUUGCAUGGAGGUCGCGGCGCAUAUCAAUGUCAAUACUGCAAAAAAUUCUUUUUAAGACUGAAUUAUUUGGAUAUGCAUAGGACUUACGGAUGCGCACAGAAUCCGCAACGGUCGCGGCCGCUGUGUGAUUUUUGCGGUCGUAAAUUUUGUCAGCCGCAAAAACUAAAAGUACACAUCAAAAGGAUGCAUAGCGAUAUGUCCGAAGUGCUCAGGGAAUUUCAAUGUAAAUCAUGCUUAAAACUUUUGGGUUCUCGCGCGGCUCUGCAACGGCACAUGAAGGAGGUUCAUCACAAAGACGUCGUCGCCGCAGCUACAUGCGAUCGAUGCGGAAAGAUGUUUCAGAACAAAAGCAACUUAAAGAUACACAUGCUGACUCACAGCGGCGUGAAACCAUUUAAGUGCAAAGAGAAUGGUUGUAAGGCGGCUUUUACCACGAAACAAUGUCUACAGUUUCAUUAUAAGAAAGUGCACGGCCUUACGGAAGAGAUGAUGCCCAAGAUUGAAAGAUCCGUAGCGUAUACCUUUGAUGCGUACAGCGGUGGUCUCGUCGAAGAUGUGUCUUGUGGAAGGAGCAGUCACGCUAGUCGAAGAAAUUCACAGCAGGAUAACAGUAACAGUUUACCAUCUCUGGACGAAUGUAGCUCGGAGAGUAGCUUGAAGGUCGAAACAGCGGUGGCGAAUCCCGCUCACAAUACCAUUAUAGAUUCAUUCCAGAAUGGGGCAAAUGCUACGGCUAAGUAUAAGACAGAGCAACAAGAGUCGCAGGUUCCGACUCCGUCGCCACAAACGACAGCAUCUUUAACUAGCGGGCUCGACACAACAACGACGAUGGAAAACGUGCGGACAGAAAUCGAUUUGUAUGGCACAUCGAGAGUACAGAGCAAGGGUAGCAAAAAGUGGCUAGGCGAGUUUAAUCCGCCACCUACAUCUGAUAUCGCCGUUCAUUUACCGGCAGUCUCAGUUCCGUCUUCUGAUGUAUACGAUUUCGAAGACGGUAGAAAGGAUGGUGGUGGCGAGAAAGUGAUCUCGCGUACGACAGCGCCAAGUCUGGUGAUGGACAGCAAUAAACUGGGCUUGAGCAUGUAUCGUAGAACGGAGAGCGCAAACGCGAGUCUGCUGGUGGAGGCAGCCUUGGACGCCGCCGAGAGAGAUAUAGGAGCAGUGUCCAGUCCAAUUUUAGAGGAAAAUGAUCGUGAGGCCAAUCUGUACUCCAUUUCGAGUCAGUUGCAAUCGCCGAUACCGCAGUCGCGGUCGCCGAAUCACCUGGACUCAUAUAUCCAACAGCAGGAGGAACUGAUGUCGCCUGCGGCAACGCCGGAUGAUCGGCACUCUCCUCCUAGCCACUUACACGUGGAUUAUCAUCUUCACCGACCGGUCGACUAUAUCAGCGCUUCGAGAACGCACAACAUCGAGCAAUAUCUGCAUCACGAGGAGCUGCCGCGCGUCUCCUCGCCGAAUUAUAUCCACAUGCAGCAAGAAGACCUGGUGUCGCCGUCGGCCACUCCAAAUCCGCGUUACCAGGAUGUACAUCAUCAUCAUCAGGUGCCGACGGAUAAUCUAUCGAGUGACGAGGGCGACUCGGUAGCGCAGAAUCUCAGCUUGUCAGUGAAGGAGAAGGCGUUGCAACUGGACUUGUCAACAUCUUAUAAAUACGACUCGCUCGGCGAACAGGAUUUUGCUCGGGAAAGAUCCAACUUUGAGCCGUUGAUGCUCAAUAGCGGCGAGCUUCAGGGUCUGGACAUGUCGGCUAGAGGUUUUCAUCAUAGUUUCAGCGCCCAAGUGCAAAAUACACGCUACCAUCAUCACCAUCUGUACGACAUUGGCGAGCGACAAAGCGUGGAUCUCAGCAGAACGAGUAGUUACUCUAUGUCGUCGCCCCCGCCGCCACCACCGCCGCCUUAUCCGUCGCAUAGCGAUGUUCUGCGAGUAGUCAGUCUAGAUCUCACUCCCGGUGGUCGACACAGCGUCGAUUUGAGUCUCUCCAGAUCGCAUCAUCUGCACGGAUCCGGCACUCGCGUUAUUACUAGCCCGCAACCGGCCGGCUCGGCUGCGACGCAUGUAGUACCUGAUGCCGGUGAGGGCCGAAUAUUGUCUCCACCUCCACCUCCACCAGGGUAUAAUCCCAGUUAUCCUGUGAGUCCGGCCCCGUAUCAUCCUCCGAGACCUGGAUACCACCAUUAUCCCGGUUAUUAUUAAUCCUUGUUGACGUUUGUGAAUGUUGCGGCGAUUCAAUAUCUCUUUGGUAAGUUUUAUUUUAUACAUUCGCAAAUGUGUUUAGAUCUUUUUGUUAUUAUCUUCUCACUAAACCAGUUUAUAUAGUUGGAGUUAUUAGUGAUUUAAAUCCGCACAUUUUACGUUGUGAUAUAUCCAGGUUACAAACUGCCAUUUUCAUACCUUGUUUAUAAGGUAUAGAAUAUUUUAUUCUCGCAAAGAUAAUGAGCAGAUGGAAAAGGAAAAUUUUUUCGACAAAAGAGACAUUGAUAAAAAAUUUAGUAAUAUCGUAUGAUGGCGCAGACGAUCGUUACGUAAUUAAUGCAGUUAAUGCGAUAAAUAUGCACAAAAGAGUGCAUACAACACAUCCAUGAUGUUUAAAAUGGAUGUUAUUUUUUUAAAAAGAAUUAAGUAGCCCGAGAUUUUACGAAGAAAAAUCUAUUCCACGAGAACGAUCGAAAGAGGAAAGUUAAUUUAUCUUUGUAAUUGUAUAGCUAUAGCUAUUAAAUUAUUUAUUCUUUACCUUCCCCCAAUAAGCAGUUUAUAUGCAGAACAGUAUGAUGUGCGUGAUGAGUAUAUCGUAUACAGAAUGGUCGUUGAAGAAAAAGCAGAGAUACAUCGUGAUCCAGUGCCACGUCCGUCAGUGAUAAGUAAGAUUAUUAAGAAUUGUUAUUUAGCUCUUAGCUUAUAUAUAUUCUUCUAUUUCGGAUCUAUACUCUCCAUUGAGAAAUACUCCGUGUAACGUGGCUUUGGUGAUAAUUGCAGCAUCCCAGAUAAUUUCUAAAGGAUAUUUUAUGCGAUUAGAUUUAGAGAGAAAUUAAAGUAGUAAUUAUAAGAAACAUUUAUAAAGGGAAAAAGGAUCCAUUCUUUCCCGUUAAAUAUGCGCUGGCACAAUUACGUUAUUUAAAAAAAUUAAUAUAAAUUUUAUUUAGCGCACACGUGCUCUUCGAAUCAAAUAAUAGGAUAUGUAUAAAAUAUGUGCGACUGUCUGGGAUGCCAAUAUUUGUGAAAUAAUUCAAUCAAGAUGCCUAACGCGGUAGCUGUAAGUAUAUCUGCAUGGUGAUAACAGAUUGUAAUGUUCACUUUUUAUUCUAGUCAUUAUAUAUGUAUAUAUAUAUAUAUAUAUAUAUAAAUAUCUGUCAUAGAGCGAAGGCGACAUUAGCUACAUACAUUGCGAGCAUUUCAGCGACCGUGAAUAGUUGUCCAAAUACGUGUUAUUUGUUACGAAUGCAUAUUUAAUAUCAUACGAAAAUUUCGCGUUUGAAACUUUCUUUUUUCAUGGAUAAUUAAUCCAACAACAAAACAAUUAUGGUGAUAUCAACGUAUAAUAUUCCAUUAUCGAGAUAAAUCGCGACAUUUUAAAAUUUCCAUUUUAUAUUCCCAAUAAUAUUACAUUAUAUUUCUUACGCUUGGAAUAUAUACGAUAUCACGAGCGAUUUUCCAAGAAAUGUAUGUAUAUUCUUUGUCUAUCAUAAAUCGACAUGUUUUAUCAUACAUAAACAUAGCACGUUUGCGUGCAACAUGUACGUUGAUUUUUUUUAUAUGUCCAGAGAUUUUUCUAGAUUUACGCCCAUUAGCCAUUUAUCGAAACCAAAGAUCUAAAAAUAUCGUAACUCUUGUGCCAAAUCGAAAGGCGCUCAUUGUUAUAUAUAUUGUAUAUGCAGCUUUUUUAGCUGAAUUUAGCGAUUAAAGAGGGGGAUAAUGUAAUGUCUCGCGUUGCCCUCUUUGUUUCUGUCAUAUUUAUCGUCGAUUAUUUAACUACGCUUCAUUACUCGUGCACGGUGAAAGAGAUAUACAAUUAUUUUAAGAACAUUUUAUCAAUUUUCUUCGUGUAAAUCUUUUUUUUAUGACGCUUCUGCCAUUAAGGAUAGUUACCAUUUUAUCCUCGUGUUUCGCGUCGACGGUCUUAUUUAAACGCAUUUUACUUGCGUUUUUUUAUCCGAUCAUAUUGUUUGUGCAUUGUGCAUAAUAUAAGGACACGACAAACUCGAGAUACAUUUAACUAAGAUAUAAAUAUACAUUUACGUACACAUAUGAACACACACACACAUAUGACAAAAGAAAAAAAUUCAAAAGAAAUGUUUACAAGUACAAAAUGUGGCACAGAAUAUAUUUGUAUCAGGUUUAUUAACAUUUAAUAUAUUGUAAGUGAUAUUAAUAGAACAUGACAAUGGAAUAAGUAAA